GAUCCUUUCAAGCAGAUGAAGGAUCUCAACCAGCUCAAGAAUCAACUGGAAGAGAUCCAGAAACGUGUGGAGACCGAAUUUGCAACAGGAAUUCCACAGGUACAGUAUGUUGUUAUCCAAUGCUAGAAAGUAGGUGAAAUGUCACCUUAUGAAACAGGACAGCAGACAAACCAUGAACCUCAAGUCAGUCCUGAAACAGUCAGUCAUAGAAGAAUCAACUAAUGAUUGCUUAUUAAAUGAGAGUCAUAAAAGCAUGCCAUAUAUUCUGUUUAUUGUGUGCGUACUUUGUCCUGACUGGUGUUUCCUGUUCUCUCCCAGGGGGGCUCUGUGCUGGCAUCUCCCUUUUUGAAGGGUUUCCUGGCUGGGUAUAUGGUGGCCAAGCUCCGCUCCUCAGCUAUCAUAGGAGUGCUACUAGGAACAUUCACAGGCAUCUACGCUGCACAGAGCUAUCAGGUGCCCAACAUCGAAAGCACUCUGAAAGACUAUAUGAGUUCGUUUAGAAAAGGACCAAAGUAA